AAACCUGCGCGGAUAAUGCUCAUUCGCUCGUUUGCUCAUGUCUUCGAGAACACUCCCAAGAUUUGUGGGAGGAGCAACAUGGCCGCCUCAAUGAACAAGUUUCAGCUGACUAGUUUUCCCGUGCCAAAUAUAGUUUUUAGUAUGAGGAAUGACGCUAUGAAGCUCUUUCUACUUACGUUUUUACUCUUUCUGACGAGUCGGUGUCAGGGUGACGAUGGCUAUGAGUCGGAUGACUUUCUCAAGAGGGAAUAUUCACUUACAAAACCCUAUCAAGGUGUGGGGUCCUCCAGUUCGUCCCACUGGGACUUGAUGGGUACGGCAAUGGUUACACCUGAUCAUGUGAGGCUCACCCCGGACCUUCAAAGCAGAAUUGGAGCAGUUUGGGGCAGACUACCCUUUUUCUUACGUGACUGGGAGCUACAUGUGCAUUUUAAAAUUUCUGGCCAAGGCAAGAAGAACCUGAAUGGUGAUGGAAUGGCUCUGUGGUUAACCAAAGAGAGAAUGCAGCAUGGUCCAGUGUUUGGGAAUAUGAACCACUUCACUGGGCUUGGUGUGUUUAUAGACACGUAUCCCAACGAGGACAAGAGUCAUGAGAGAGUGUAUCCAUACAUUUCAGUGAUGGUGGGAAAUGGUACUCUGUCAUAUGAUCACGACCGCGAUGGCAGGCCCACCGAACUGGGUGGAUGUACAGCCCUUGUGCGCAACGUCAACCACGACACAAUCAUCCUCCUCCGAUACAUGAGGAACAGACUGACUUUGAUGAUGGAUAUUGAUGGGAAACGAGAGUGGCGGGAGUGUCUGGACGUUCCAGGGGUGCAUAUGCCGGUGGGGUACUACUUCGGGGCCUCUUCAGCAACAGGAGAUUUAUCAGAUAACCAUGACCUAAUCUCCAUGAAGCUCUACCAGUUGACCGUGGAGCGAAGCGCCCAGGAAGAGGAGGAGGCCCAGCAGGAAGUGACCAUCCCCAGCGUCGACCACAUGGACCUUCCCAAGGUGGAUGUUGAGGAGGAGGAGGGCAUGGGCCCCAUCGGACGCUUCUUUGCCUUCCUGAUCUCCGUGCUGGGCCUGUGUGUGCUGGCUGUAGUGGGCGUUGUGCUGCACGGCCGCUGGAAGGACAGGAGCCGCAAACGCUUCUACUGAUGCGCUGACGCAGGCAUAAAUCUAGAGGGUGUGUGUGUGUGUGUGUGUGUGUGUGUGUGUGUGUGUGUGUGUGUGUGGGAGAGAAAGGGGUGGGAGAAAGAAGGUGUGAGUGAGAGAGAGACUGCAAGAGAGAGAGACUGUGUGUGUGAGAGAGUUGGAGGAUGACAAUAAGCAUCAGUGGUGUGUUUGCUGUGAGCUAGUUGGUGAGACCAAUGCCACCCCCAUCCACCGCCCAUCCUAUCUAAAACUAUGCUCCACCCUGAAGCCUUCACAGUACCUCAUUCUCACAGCCAGCUGAACGUGCCACCGGGCGAGCGCCUCACCAUUUGGUCAUGAAGGACUUCGCUGAUCAAACAAACGCACCAUUCGGAGCCUGCCCCAAGUCCGCUUGUGAAGAGUAUUGAACUGUGACUAAAUGCAGAUAGAUCUUUGAGCGGCCUGGUGAAUGCUGUAUUAAUGCACUGGACUUGGACUGUGUGUGGUUCCUUGGGAGGCACAGAAUUGAUUUCUGCACUGACAUUCAGUAGAAGAUCAGAAGAGUGAAAAGAAGAAGAUGCUCACCAAAAAAAAUUUUUUUUUUUUAAUCACUCAGCCUUUUCUACUAAAAAGCUCAACCCAGUCCUGGCCUGUGUAUGGCUGCAUGUUGCUCUACACCUCCAGAGUUUUCCGUCUGUGUGUGUCUGUGCGUGUCUGUGUGUGUGUGUUAAAUGAAAGUGGUUGUGAUGAAGACAUGUUGCCAACAUCAUCAUCAUGGUCAUCAGUAUGCUCACUGUACGAGAUCAACUGUAAUGUGAAGAGAUAAUGUGUGCGCCCGUGGUGAGGGCUGAAGUCUUAUUUAUCAAUUAAUCAAAUGUAGUACAAUUGUGUUCUAGUGUCCCAACAAUUGUGUGCAUGUGUGUGUAUGAAUUAGACGUCUAGGCAGUUCAGGUACUGAACAAGUGGCCUAUACACUAGACUGUCUGUGAAUGCUGAUCUUUGUCUUUGUACUUGAUUUUGAAGUCCUUGUCCUAGUCCUACAUAAUUGUCCAAGCCUAGUUUCUUGACAAAACAUGCUGGCUGUUUACAUUCAAAUCAAGCAAAGAAUGAAUUCAUCAUAAAAAGUGUGAGAACAUUAUAUUCAGUCAGAUCUACAAUUCAAUGCAAUCUUGGCCAAAACAAAAUCUGUGACUUGCGCUGUUUUGUUAUUUUGUAUUCAAACUGGGUAAUUGCUGUAGUUGCUCAAAAUGACUGGUAAUCAGAUUACAUCUGAACAUCUCAUUGUAUUUUCUUUUACAUUUUUUUUUAAUGAUUUGUAUGUUACUGAACCACUAUGGCCCUUAGUGUCACAUGCCUUACAUUGUUACUCUACAUCCCGUCAUCCCGUCACCUCAAGAGAGAGCAGUGUGGAGACAUUUAGGAUUCUUGACAUCACCAGGUCUUUUACCUCCUCAAGCAAUGUCUUUUGCUGCUGAAAUAAUGUUUGUGGUCAAAAAAACAAUGACCAGUCGAAUCCAAUAUUUUUAUCUUCAUUUGUUGACAGCGUCAGGAUUUUUAAACAACUGAGAUUUGUACAAGUGUUGUCAUUGAAGAAGCAUAAAUGUGUCUUGGUCACUUCAGUUUGUUGGAGCCAUAGCAUCAAAAAAACAUGUCUGAGAAUCUUUGAAUAAAUGUUGUUCUGUCAAAUGUUCUUUGUCUAUGAGGAGAGGUUGGGAUCCACUCGUUCUCCUUUGUCAAAUCUUCUAAAUAAAAUUUUAAAGAUGAUUUUCCACAA